UUUUAGGUAUUUCUUUGUGUGUGUGUAGGAUUGUGUGUGUGUCUAUGUGUGUAUGAGUGUGUGUGUGUGUCCCCUCAUUGUCUAUACCACCUGUUCUGGAAAAAUUGCCAGACUUGUAGCCAGUGUGUGUAGCAGACAGUCCAGCACAAAAUAAACAAAUGAUUGGGGGGCAGAGUCAUGAGGUUAUUAUAGUAUAAUAUGUAUUAUUAUAAUGUUAUAAUGUUACAUUUAUUAUAAAUUAUUGUUAUUAUAAUUAACCCCAUGUUGUCUGGGAAAUAACGACGGAAAGAGAAGUUAACGUCUUAGGUGCCAGGUGAAAGUCAAAUUGCGCAGCGCCCUGACCAAGUGCAAGAGGACUGUUUAACCCUUUGCGCACUGCUCUUGCUUCUCCUGGCGGCCAGAGGGUUAAGGAGCUGCCUGUGCAGAGAGUUGGAUUAAAGAGACACACACACGAGCUAUUGGCAACUAAUUGAGCAGUAGCGACAGAAAUCGCAACUUCCUCUUACACUGGGCCUCUGUAACAAUUAACACAAUCCCUCAGUGUUUAGAGCAACAACAGCCGCUGACUCGGGAAGUAGAAGCCAAACGGGGAUAUUUUGGGGGAAAAAGAGCAGAAAGUGGAGUCGCAAGUCUGGGGAAUGCGCCGCUGCUGCUGCCGCUGCCUGAGAACAAACUGAGAGUCUGAGACCUUUGUUAGAGGGAACGGGCGGUGGAUUGGGAGUCUGGAAGCUCCGCUUGUCCAUUUCAGACAAAACCCUGAGACAAAGUCCUGACAUUAACACGGAUCGGCUCCCGGUUCUGCUCUGCGCUCGGCUCCUCUCUGGGCUCCUCGACUGCCGCCGCCGCUGCUGCUGCCACAGGGUCUGGCUGAGAACAGACUGGAGAGAAGAGAGAAGAGAAGAGAGAGAAGAGAGAAAAGAGAAGAGAGAGAAGAGAAUGGCAGGUCGGACUGUGCUCGGCUGAGGCUCAGAAGGUCACUUCCACAACGACCCCCAAGAUAUCCAGUGGCAGGUGACUGUGGGGUGCCAAUGUUAUUCUGUAAGGGUGGGGACACCCUCCGAGUCAGUGACAGCUGCUUUUGGGGAUCUCGGAGAUGCAGAAAGCCUCCUAUUAUGACAACCCCAGUCUAUUCGGAGGUUACCCCUACCAGGCAGGGAGUCUGGGAUAUGAAGGGCCCCAGCAAUCCUUCCCCACUUCUUCCCACAUGGACAAUGACUUCCAGCGGUCCUCCUGCUCCCUGCAGUCUCUGGGUCACACUGGGUCACUGGUCAAACCUAAGAACCUAAAUGGGAGCUGCAUGCGCCCCAACUUGUCAUCUGAGCAGUCCCAGCCUCUGUCUCCAUCAGCCAUUCCCAGCAGCUAUAGUAGCAACAACAGCAGCAACAAAAACAACAGCAGCAACAACAGCAGCAGCAGCAGCAACUCCCAGGCCUUCAGGAAACCCCCUCCUGCCAAAACCCAGGUCAGCUCCAGCCCAGCCAACAAGCAGAUCUUCCCUUGGAUGAAGGAGUCCAGACAGAACUCAAAACAGAAAUCCAGCCCCCCAGCCCCAGCGGCAGAAAGCUGUGCAGGCGACAGGAGCCCCCCGGGUUCGUCUGCGUCUAAGAGAGCUCGCACGGCCUACACCAGCGCACAACUGGUGGAACUGGAGAAGGAGUUUCACUUUAAUCGUUACCUGUGUCGCCCCAGGAGGGUGGAGAUGGCCAACCUGCUGAACCUGAGCGAGAGGCAAAUCAAGAUCUGGUUCCAGAACCGAAGGAUGAAGUAUAAGAAAGACCAAAAGGUAAAAGGCGUGUCUUGUUCAUCAGGAGGACCUUCACCAACUAGCACUCCCCCCCUGAGCUUGCAAUCGUCUGCAGGGUUCCUGGGAUCCAUUCACUCUAUGACUGCGAAUUAUGAGGAGCCCUCCCCACCCUACUUUAAUAAACCCCACCAGAAUGCCUACUAUCAGAACCCUGGCAAAGGUUGCCCCUCUGAGCAGAAGUAUGGGAACCCUGCUGUAGAGUAUGACCACCAUGGUUUACAAGGGAAUGGGGGCGCCUAUGUGUCACCCAAUAUGCAAGCAAGUCCGGUGUACGUAGGGGGCAACUAUGUGGAUUCUGUGCCGGCACAAGACCCUCCUCUUUAUGGUCUCAACCACCAGCCCCCCAAUAUGGAAUACAAUGGGGCACCUCCCAUGUCAACCAACCAGCACGGUGCACCUUGUGACCCCCACCCCACCUACUCAGAGCUCCACCACCAGGGCAGGAUCCAGGAGGCCCCCAAAUUGACCCAUUUGUGAUUU